CUUUCUCUCCCUUUCCCGCACCUGCCCGCACGCUCCCGGGGGCCGCAGGUGCGGACGACGGUGAAAUUCCACGCCCCGCGGAGACCCGCCAGCUCUGGGGAAGGGACAGGGAGGCGCGGUCCGGUGGCUGCGCUCCCAGGCUAAUGACCCAGGUUACGCCUUUUUAGCCACAAAGCAUGGAGGUGGCUCACGGCGGGCCCUGCUGCUGCAGGGAGCUCGAGGGAGCAGACCUACUGUCAGACACCUUUUAUUCAAACCAAGUGCACACGCCGCUUCGAAGGCUUACCCGCGCCACAGCCUCUGAUGACAGGUAUCAGGAAUUAAGGGAAUCACUGCCACAGUGCCGGCUGCCAUGGGGCGCGGAGAGGGAGUAUGGCGGCAUAAUGCCCAUCUCACUCCCCGAGGAGCACAGGCCAAAGUGUGAACCUCCCUGUUUCAUGGGCAAAGGACAUCAGCACUACGGGUUCGGUGGAGGAACCUGGUCACGGAAGUUUCCUAUGGAACACGUCUGUCACUUGAGACGGCACAAGAGAGGCGACUUCUCUGCAAAUGACUCUCUGAUUCCCAAACCACCUAGUUCAGCAGUAAGAGAAAUCUGCUCACCCUAUCCAAUUGAGCACCCCUACCAUACACACAUCUCUCGCGGGGCCUUGUUCCCCACCUUCACAUCGCCCAAGGACCUCUACACUGGCAUUAGAGCCUGCAGCCAACGGCCAUUUCCCCCCACCGUGCCAACCAAGACCUAUGAAACAACCCCUGUUUUGAAGACAAGAGGUAACCCCUACAGAUACGAGCUGCUUGACUAUCCCACGGACUCAAAGAAGGCAGCGCUGACUUGGCCAGGUCAGGCCGUCUAUUAUGACCUUCCUAAAUGUGUUGAGAAAACCAAGCCAGUAUUCUACCCGAAACCUCCUAAGACCCUCGCUCCUAACACAACUUUGAGUUCCUGGGACCCAAUCUAUCCCGCCAAAGAAGCCAACAUACAAAGAAACCUUGAAAGGAACCACUGGCUCACUUCGUACACUCACGACUUCACAGGUCUGGGGCCCAUGGACCCCCUUGAACUGGAUGAUUACCAUGAGAAGGAGGUAGCAGAGUUAACUGGGCAGACAGGAUUUGACCCAGAGCCUCAAGAAAAAUCCCAUCCUGCCUUAAAACCUGCCAGGCCUUUGGAAGGACGAAUUGCCAGGCUGCUUCAAAAACGACGACUUCUGGAGCCUACUGUGCAGCAAACACCAACUUCCUGUCCAGACUGCACCCCUACGGUUCUGUGUACUUUUCACACCUUUGUCCCUAGUACUGCAGAAGUGAUGGCACUUCGUGAUAAUUCACUGGCUGGAGUGACCCACAGAAACCAGGACACUGAAGAGAAGAUUAAGGAAGAACAAAGCUUGUUGUCUACCUAUCCACUGCCGUCUUAUUACCCCACAAAAGAUCUGACAGCUGCUUAUAACAUAAAACCAUAUCCAAAAAUCACAGAUACUAAAAAGACAGAGGAUUUGUACCGGAGACAGCUAUCUUUAAAACCCCAAGCCGUGCCUUACUAUAAAGCUAAUAAUUACAUUGACUACGAAGACAUAAAACCAACCUUCUAUGACAAGUACUCUAUGUGUCUAAACCCUUACGGCUUCAGGAACCCUAGUAUUCUGCAGAAGCUUCCACCUAUGGAGGACGUUUCUUUAGAGCGUAUUUUAAGGAAACCAGAAGAACAGUCGUGCUUGAACCUGGAGAGCGGUGAAGGAACGAAGCCUAUUCUGGGUUGGAUUCCCAGAGCAGGAGUGGCCAAACCACAGAGCAGUCUGCUGGAGCUGCAGAAUUCUUUCUCAAAAACUCGUGCCCAGAAGCGGUUCCUUAAGUCAAUUCUGCAAGACCACAAAGACCUCAGGGACAAAGAGCACUCGGGAAAGAGACAUCAGUUUUACGGUUAUAAUUCCCAUUAUUUCUAUAAUUGAGAUAUCUGUUUUUCUCUUCAAAACCCAGCUUCUUACAAGAAAAAAAAAAAUCACAAUUUCCUAUGUGUUUCUGAAUUCUUUUUGCUGGAUUAAGCAAAUGCCUUUGUUAAUUAGGAUUAUGGUUCAGGAAUUUAUGUUAGGAUCUAAUCAGAAGAACACAGAAAACACAAUGUUCUGAUUUCUUGAAAAGUUAACAAUUUGGCAACGAAAUAUUAGAGCCAGA